AUGGCCAAGGAGAUCUUGCCCAUCAAGAUGGGUAACAAAUACGCUCAGGUUGUUGUUAAUUGCCUGACCUGCAUGGAGGAUACCAAUGAAGACUUCGGCGAUCAGAGCCAGUUUGAGGACGAGGAUGGAAUUUUGAUUGGUGUCAAAUAUAUUGAGAAGAUCCUUCUACAACUCAGUGAGAUAUCAGUUUGA